CGUUGCUACAGGAUGUCAACACAGACAACAGUCCUCCCUAAAACCAGAAAUAUAUCCGCGGAUGACUGAUAAUACAUUUUAGAUGGGUUUCUACUGGACCUGAGAGCUCUGUGAUGCAGAGACCAACUGUGACCAACAUGAGCCUUAAGCCCAUCGUUAUCAGUGGAGUGGUGGUCCGAGACAAAGAGUUCCUGUGCAGGCUGGGCAAAGUGCUGGAACUCAACUGGCUUCAUGGCAAAGACCACAAGGCAAAGAGAGCGUUGAUUGAAAAUACCCUUGCUUCCUUUGCUUGUGAUGCUGUGGAAAACAACGAUUUCAUCUCUCUACGAGCCCUACUAGAGAAGGUGGAUGUCAACUGUGGAAACUAUGAUGGUAUCAAGCCUCUUCAUACGGCCUGUGAGUUGGGGAACUUAGACAUGGUUAAGUUCCUACUGGCAAAGGGGGCUUCCCGUGAGCUUGUGAACCGCUUUGGAAAGUGCCCAUUAUACAUGGCCAUAAAGAACAGGUACUUCACCUCUAUGGGAUUUGAAAUGGGUUGUAGACUCUAG